AAAUCAGUUAAAAUCGAAGCGUUCGCCGCAACGGAACGUGAUCGAGAGAGCGUGUCUAGAACUAUCCAGAGAUCGCCAGAAAUUCAGAACAUCCAGCGACAUUGACAUUCAAGCGGGCUGACGUUAAUUGUCGACUCCCUCCCACUCCACCAAUCGAUUGCGCGGCCCGGGGUCAAGUGCUGUCAAUUGAAAGUGUCAGGUUGGCAGCCAUGAGGCAACUGCCGCUACUGUUCUGCUUCACACUGUGGCCGGUUCUGGCCAGAUGCGACACAAUUUGCGGCUCCCUGGAGAUAAACAAGGUCGCCGACUUUCAGAAACUUCAAAACUGUACACACGUGAUCGGUCACGUACGGAUUGCGAAUGUCGACCUGCCCUCCGAGAGUAAUGCGAGCCUGGAACUACUCUCGAGCAAUGUCUCGGAAAUCAGCGACUAUCUGAUGGUGUAUCGAUGCACGGGGCUGCUCACGCUGGAAGCGAUAUUUCCUAAAUUGCGCAUCAUUCGGGGUCAGGCCUUGCUCUUCGAUCAAUAUGCCCUCGUCGUCCACGAGAAUCGGAAUCUGCGGGAAUUGGGCUUGGUCGAGCUGUUGCGCAUUCAAAACGGUCUCAUACGCAUCGAAACGAACCCGAUGCUGUGCUUUGUGGAGACCGUGGACUGGAUGCAUCUACUGAGCAAUGCCACACAGCAGCAUUUUUCACUCAAGCACAACAAACCUUCCAGUCAUUGUCCGGUGUGUGGUGGACUGGCCGCGGACUAUGCCUUCCGCCAGAAUAUCUCUGAUUUCUGCUGGAACAUGAACACUGCCCAGAUUCGACUCACGCCGCCACGCCUCAAGGGCUGUCCGACGGCCUGUGGUCUCCAUGGAUGCGACAAUGUGGGAAAUUGUUGCAAGGGCAGUUGUGUCACGGGCUGUUCCGAUCAGAAUUGUACGCUGUGCGGCAACUAUCAGAGCAAAGGCAAAUGUGUGGAUCAGUGUGUGAUUAGCUACGAGCUGCACAAGAGGCAGUGCAUCAGCUACAAGGAGUGCCGUCAGCUGGGCAUGAUACCGCUCACGCGCGGCUAUCGCUGUGUGGAUAAAUGUCCCCCCAAUCAGAAGGAAGUAAGUGAUCCAAAUGGUUUGAUCACCUGCCAGGUGGAGUGCAAGGGUGUCUAUCAUGUGCGGAGUGGAGCGGACUUGGAACCCUUACAGGAUUGUGUGACCAUCAAUGGAUCACUAAUCAUUGAAUUGACUGACAUCAAGGAGAAAAUUGUGGCGCCGUUGGAGAAAGCCUUGGCCAGUGUCAAGGAAAUUACUGGCUAUCUGAAGGUCUUGCACUCGGCGCAGCUGAUGUCUUUGUCGUUCCUGCAGAAUUUGGAUGUCAUACGAGGCGAUCAGCUGAUUGAAAACAAAUACGCGCUCUUCGUGGUGAACAAUCAUCACUUGGAGAACAUUUGGACACCCAAUCAUCAGGUGCUCGUGCAGCGUGGUUCCAUCUUCUUUCAUCUGAACCCACGCCUCUGCCAUGAGAAGAUUCUACAGCUUGAGCCAUCCCUGAAGAGUGUGCAGCACAUAUCCGUGGCAGAAGUCUCACCCAACUCGAAUGGCGAACGGGUCAUUUGUGGAGAUGCAGUACGCACUUUGAAACCAGUUGUGGAUGAUAUAAGUGCCACAGCGGUGCGCAUUUUGCUGGACUACAUGGACUGGGAGGGCAUGGAGACCUUGAUUGGUUACUCCUACUACUAUAAGGAAGCGCCACAGCGCAAUGUGACUAUGUACGAUGGACGACACGGUUGCGGGCACGACAAUUGGCUGAUGGAUGUCUCGGCCACCAAGAGUCGGCGUCAUGUUAUUUCCGGACUCAAACCCUACACACAGUAUGCAUUUUUUGUAAAGACUCUAACACGAACGGACUAUCACAUGCAGAUUGAUGCGUACUCACAAAUUCGCUACUUUCAAACACUGCCGGACAAGCCCAGUCCCGUGGCCAGGAUCUAUGGCAGUUCGGAGCUCAGCACUCAGAUUCUACUACAUUGGUGGCCACCGCGUCGUCCCAAUGGCAUCAUCAGCAAAUAUUAUGUGACCUUUGAGCCACACAAUCUCACCAAUGCAGAGAAAGGCAAAAACUAUCUGAAUCCGAGGCCCGCUAAUGUGAGUCUGUUGGAUUGCCAGUGCGACGAUGUGACGCCCUACGAUUCGGGGCCACAGCCAAAUGACGAGGAUUACUAUAACAAAGAGCAGAUCACCUACGAAGAUGCACUGCCCAAUCUGAUCUAUGUUUCACGUCGCCAGGAACAGCCAAAGAAGGAUAAGUUUGAAAAAGUAAUUGACUUUGAUGAUCUCAGGGCUGGCAUGAAGCAAGAACCAACAACGACUCCAGCACCAACCACGCCAGCGCCAACCAGACCAGCGCCCAGCAAUUUAACCAACGUUCAGGAAAAGAUGGCCGCAGUCCGAUACGACAUUUAUCGCAACUUGAUUGAGCAGCGGCAACGUGCCGCACAGGAUUUGGAUAUAUGCAGUCUGCAGAUACCGCACGCCAUGAAAAAGUGUCAGGAUGACCAUGCCACUGUCAGCCAGCGGCUGGAGGAGAAAUGCACUAUUGAGGAAGAGAUGACAGGCAUCCAAGUGCCGGGCAAUCAGCACUACUUUUACCUUAAUGAACUACAGCCGGAGUCCUUCUAUCGAGUGACAGUGCGAGCCUGUGUCGAUGAUGUGCUAAACGGUUGCUCCAAUCCAACGGAGGCGCUGGUCAAGACCACCAGCGUGCGCGUGGAGCAGCUGAUGAAGAGCACCUAGCUGGGGGACAAAGCAAAUUAAGUAUUUGAACAAUUUCUGCUUAAGCAGAAAGCUGCAACGGGAUGAUCCCAAAACAAAAAAAAACAGCGAUUUGUAUUACCUGACACGUGAUAAAUGUUAACUGAGUAUUUGUACGUAAAUGUCUUAGCUGUAGUUGCUAAAUGUUCCUCGAAAUGUAUUGUAAAUGUAAAGCAAAUCCUCCAAA